GGAGGUGGGGCGCCGAUUUAGGCUCCACCCCCGCCUUCCUCCUCGCUCCGCAUCCAUGGGGCCCGAGCCGGGAUCCGAGACGCCGUUGCGGGAGUUGAAGCCCGGACAGAGCCCCGAAGGCGCCAGCUGGUAUUCCCUUCUCCCGCUGGGGGAGAGCCCCUGUGCCCGGGUGGGCCAGACCGCCUUAUAUCUGCCUCCCCUGGAUCCAGGCAGCAGAAAAGGAAAAAUUCUCAUUGUUGGCGGAGCAAACCCAAACGGCAGUUUCUCUGAUUCUUACUUCAUUGAUCUUGAUGCACACAGCUGGACGGCCCCCGUCUGGAAAGGGCUCUUUCCACGCUACGAACAUGCCGCCUUCAUUCCCGCUAGCCGGCCCACAAGCCUCUGGGUGUUCGGAGGGUCCAGCGAAACUGGAAACAGGAAUUGUGUGCAAGUUUUGGACCUUGGAACAGGAACCUGGGAGAGCCCCAAAGUGAGCGGCACGCCACCCUCCCCUCGCACGUUCCACACAUCCUCAGCAGCCAUUGGUGACCGAUUGUAUGUCUUUGGCGGAGGGGAGAAAGGGGCGGAUCCGGUCAAAGAUCAGCAACUUCAUGUAUUCGACGCGGCCACGCUGUCCUGGUCACAGCCAGAGGUACACGGCCACCCUCCCGCUCCUCGGCACGGCCACGCCAUGGUGGCUGUCCACAACAGACUCUUCGUACACGGCGGCUUGGCCAGUGACACGUUUUACGGCGACCUCUUCUCCGUUGAUAUCACUGACAUGAAGUGGGAGACGCUGCCGGCCGCCGGAUCUGUCCCAGGAGGCCGGGCGGCCCACGCAGCAGCGGCUUUCCGAGACCACCUGUACAUCUUCGGCGGAAUGGACCCGACGGGAGCGCUGAACACGAUGUACAAAUAUCACAUAGAAAAAGGCCACUGGACACGUGUAGAGUUCAACUCCCCGUUACCCCCGGGACGGCUGGACCAUUCUAUGUGUGUGAUUCCAUGGAGAGCAUCUCCGGGCGACGAAAAGGCUGCCGGAGGGGACAACGGCCGCACGGAAGCCACGGAGCGCUCCGACCCAGAGAGUCAACUCAAGAAGGCCUGUCCAGCAGAGCACCUGGUGCACCUUUGCUUAAUAUUUGGCGGAAUGGAUAUGAAAGGGGAGAUUUAUAGGGACACUGUGGUAAGCCUCCUUGAGUAA